AUGCCGGCUCUCGAGCUUGAAACUGAGCACUGCGAUCCUGGAGCGACAGGGCAUCCACUCCACACACAAAGCGAUCCAGCCGCAUCCGGGGACGAGAUCAAGCCAGAGGCCGUCACAGAGCUCGAAGUGAUCCGGGCAGUCCUGAAACCCGAUCCAAUCGAGGGCUUGGACAACUACGGUAUUCCGCCAGAGCCCGAAGGAGAAUGUGACCCCGAAAUCCAGGCCAAAAUCGCCCACUUCAUUGAGCUCAAGGAACGAGGCACCCGGCUCAACGACACAUUGACCAAGAUGCACUCAUUUCGUAAUCCGUCGAUCAUGAGUAAGCUGAUAGAAUAUCUGGAUCUCGAUGAAUAUGGCUCAAACUAUCCCAAGGAUAUGUAUGACCCGCAUGGCUUUCCUCCAGAAACCUACCAUGAUGAGCUUGGUGAGCUGCCCAAUACCUGGGCCAGAAGGCCAGGCGCAUGUCAUUAUCGCUUUGUAUGCAAUUGGACAGGCACUGAGCACUCGCCCAUCUACGAGCGUCCUUCAUAG